AUGAAUACUCAAAGAAUAUCCGCGGUUCUGCUUACGCUGGCCGUGUUUGCAGUUCACGUCGCCGCCAAUGCUGACAAAAUCAUCUUCACGGGCCCGGAGCCCGUCACCUACCCUUUAGCUUCGCCAUCCCUGGCCGACCUCAACCUCGACGUCCUCGGCCCCGAGAACCUGUCCAUCCGCAGAAAUCUCACUCGGAUCUUCCAUGAUGACUCGGAUCUGGAGCUAAAAGGGAAGCCUCGCGGCCACGCGAGCUGGUACCUCAUCGACAACCUCACACCCGGCCAGCGAUAUGAGCUGCGCGUUUGCUGGGCUGCCAUUGAGCCCACGGCGUUCACCAUGAACGUGUAUGAGCUCGACACGGUCUGGGACACGCCCGACCUCAUGCUGUCCCUCGCCGACUACUCCUCCGCGCGCCAGCCCGCCGCUGCCGAGGACCAGGCCCCUCAAGUCCACCGUCGGAGCUCCAGCGCAGCCAACGCGCGGGAGCGAAGGGCGUCGCUCCUGCUGCUGCAGGUCCACGCCGCCGCCGACUACUUCUCGCACCACGAGGAGCUCAUGCGCGACCCGCCGCCCGUGCUCGUGGACCUGAUCCUCGACCCGUACCUCCUCAACGCCGUACCGGAGUCCCUGGUGCUGACGGCCGCGUACGUGGUGCUCGUCGCCGUGGCGACCUUUUUCCUCGCGAGAUGGAUCGCGGACCGCAUGACGGCCAUUGCCACGAGCGGGCGGCGCGUAUCGAAGAAGAGAGACUAA